GCUGCCGGCCCCAAAUUCCCCGUCUUCCUCCUCCCCAGCUUUUCAAUGCCCUUUCGCGGGCGGAGGCAGAGUGGUUUUGCAACAGAGGCAACCAGCAGCAUCGGCACAUCACCGCCGUCCGAGGCAGCUGUUCCGCCACUCAGCUCGUCGCCCAGCGACUCUUCUCCAUCAAGCCCGGGGGACACUGCGACAUCGUCAUACUCGACGACACCGCCCAUCGCGUCACACCCGCGGCGCCUCUCACGCACACAGCCAAACACCAUCCGGUGCUCCACCUGCUCCACCGACUUUGCAUACUGUUCCCAGGUCGUCAGCAAGGGCUUCACUGGUCGCUAUGGCCGCGCCUACCUCAUCGCCCCGGUGCCGAACCAGGGUGGCAGCCUGCUCAACAUCAAGAUUGGCAAGUCGGAAACCCGCCUGCUUGUCACGGGCUCCCACAUUGUCGCCGACAUAACCUGCGCUGUGUGCCAGGCUCGCGUUGGGUGGAAGUACGUCGAUGCCAAGGAGGAGUCCCAGAAGUACAAGGUUGGCAAGUUCAUCCUCGAGACUCAGCGGACUGUUGAUUAUCGAAGCUGGGAAGACGUACCGGAGUCCGAGUCUCGCUGGCCAGGCGACCAGAAAGGCGGAGCUGGCGAUUCCCACGAGGACAUCGUCGUGUUUGACUCUGAAGAUGAAGACGACUGUGACGACUUAUUCGCAGGGUCCUGGGACCCCGCGGUUGCUGCCAGGAGACGUGCUCGC